GCCGGUGAGAGCUACUAAUCCCCUGCGUCCAUGGUUUACUCUGAGCCCGUAUUUAAUUCCUCUAAACCCCCAGCUGCCGCCCUGGUUACUCACUGAACACGACAGACUGUGAACCGCUCGGGUUAUUAAUAAUUCACCAGCACUCCGCUCCGCUUCUCCGGCCGCGGCCGCAGGACACCGCACGUCCCCACCGGUGCGUGCGUGCAGCCGCGCCGCUUUUCCACUCUUGUUUACUUCAUUUUUGCUGCUCGUUGUCUUUCACAGGGACACGCUAGUUUCAUCUCCUUGUUACUAUUCAGCCUACAGACCGUCCCGACUGGCAUUGCCCUCCAGGUAUACCGCUGGUCCCAUAAACUCUGUUUUCGCCCUGCCACAUGGUGGAUUUUGUUUCGUUACAUUUCGCCUUUCUCUCCGCAACUUUCCCCGACACUGAGGAGCAGGUGGGACCGCUGGACCGGCGUGGAGCUCCGUCUUUCACCCCCAAGCAGAACCGGAGCAUGCACAAGGCGACGCGCGCGGUGUCGUCCCCUCUGCAGGAGCAACAGCUGAUUCUGUGAGCGCGUAAGCAAAGAGUGCAAGCUACUUACUGUGGGUGCACAGCCAGACUCCUGCUCUGGCACUCGGGCUCAGACGGGAACUGUGUCGGUGGCGCAAAGCGCGAGUACUCGGUGGACAUUACGUUACCGGGACAGAUAAGGGAGAGAGUGAGCAGCGCGCGAACAUUGACGAUUCUCAUGGAAAUAUCACGAGUUGAACCCGAAGAAAAACACCUUGUAUGAAAAAGUCGGGAAGCAGAUCUCUUGGAUUAUUCGGCGCUGUCCUCCUUUGCCCGGACUGAGAAGAGUUGACCACAAAUUGCAAUAAAAAAAUGUUUACCAUGCAGCAGGCCGUGUUUUAGGACUCUUUUGCUUCCGGUUUAAGGCCCAGCUGAACAAGAAACCGAGCGGAUUGCUCUCUCCCACACACUUUUUUUGGAAGCCGAACUUUUGAGAGUGGAAAAUGGGUCUUUGAGAGAGUUGGCACAUCUCCACACACCACAAUGGCAACCGAAACCUUUCUGUUGAACGAAGAACCCUCCAGAGGUCCUGGGAUGCCUGAAUGCUUUGUAGUAUCAGAUUCAUACAGGUAUUACCCUACUCACCUUCUAAACAAUGCCUUAGUGGAUGAAUUUCAUCCCUUCAUUGAGGCCCUCCUCCCCCAUGUACGUGCCUUCUCCUACACCUGGUUCAACCUGCAGGCCCGUAAGCGCAAGUACUUCAAGAAGCACGAAAAGAGGAUGACCAAGGAUGAAGAGCGUGCAGUGAAGGAUGAGCUGUUGGGAGAGAAGCCGGAGAUCAAGCAGAAGUGGGCCUCGCGUCUGCUGGCAAAGCUGCGCAAGGACAUCCGGCCAGAGUUCCGUGAGGACUUUGUGCUCACCAUCACAGGGAAGAAGCCCCCCUGCUGCGUCCUGUCAAAUCCUGACCAGAAAGGCAAGAUCCGACGAAUCGACUGCCUUCGCCAGGCUGACAAGGUGUGGCGGCUGGACCUAGUGAUGGUCAUCCUGUUCAAAGGCAGCCCCCUGGAGAGCACGGAUGGAGAGCGGCUGGUCAAGUCGCCCCAGUGCUCCAACCAUGGCCUGUGUGUCCAGCCGCACCACAUUGGAGUGACGGUCAAGGAGCUGGACCUCUACCUGGCCUACUUCGUCCACACACCAGAACAAUCAGGACAAUCAGACAACUCAAACCAGCAAGGAGACACAGACGUCAAGCCCCCACCGAAUGGCCACUUGAGUUUCCAGGACUGCUUUGUGACUUCAGGGGUGUGGAACGUAGCGGAGCUGGUUCGCGUGUCACAGACCCCAGUUGCUACAGCAACUGGCCCUAACUUCUCCUUGGCUGACCUGGACAGCCCUGGCUACUACAACAUCAACCAGGUGACCCUGGGACGGCGCUCCAUCACCUCCACCCCCUCUACCAGGACUGAAAUGGAGCUUUAUGCAAGUCUCCCACGGAGCUCCAACAAGCGCAAGUCUAUUGACGACAGUGAGAUGGAGAGCCCGGUGGACGAUGUCUUCUACUCAGGCCGCUCCCCGGCGGCUGGCAGCAGCUCUCAGUCCAGCGGUUGGCCUAAUGAUGUGGAUGCAGUGCAGCACCAUUUGGCCAGUGUGCAGGAGAGGAAGAUUAAGCAUGAGAACGAUGGAGUGCAGUUUCCUUACCAUGGACUCUCAUCGCCUAGUUCUCUUAAGAAGCCGGGGAAAUUCGAUUUCAGCGCCCUGUCCUCCCAGACGAGGUCCCCCCGCAUGGCGUUCACCCACCACCCACUGCCAAUGCUGGCGGGAGUGAGACCAGGGAGUCCCCGUGCUUCAGCUUCGGCCCUGCACUUCCCGUCUCCUUCCAUCAUCCAGCAGUCUAGCCCCUACUUCACCCACCCAACCAUCCGCUACCACCACCACCCUGGACAGGAUCCCCUGAAGGAAUUUGUGCAGUUUGUCUGUGCUGAUGGCUCAGGGCAGUCCGCUGGACAGCCAAACGGGAGCGGCCAGAGCAAAAUGCCAGGCUCCUUCUUGCUGCCUCCACCUCCCCCAGUGGCCCGCCCAGUGCCCCUCCCUAUGCCCGACUCUAAACCCAACAGCACGCCCCCUGACGGCGGACUCUCCUCGCCCGCAUCUCCGUCAUACUCCACGCCAGGCGCAACAGCUCCCAACAGGUUUGUCGGCAUCGGAUCACGGGACAACAACUUUCUGAACAUCCCGCAGCAGACACAGUCUUGGUUCCUCUGACAAGACCUGUGUACAAACCAGCAACUAGAAUUCUUUCUUUACAAUCCGAAAUAGAAAACAGAGAAACAGCCCGGGGAUAAUAAUUGUCCUCAAACAAACCCACUGACCAGCCCUGACAGAACGUCUCACCUGAUACAAAAUAUAACCAAGCAACGCAGGAAAUUUCAGCAGCAUAAUGCUUAUAGAAGAACUCUGGACUCAUUUACCCAGUCAGAGGGAGGACCCGUUUGGAGCAAAGGAGGAUAGAUGGAAAGAUGAAUGGAUGGACAAGAGAAUGCCAGGAUAAAGAAGGAAUGAGGGGACAAAUGGCAGCGAGCAGGCAUCUCACCUGAAACCAGCAGAACACAGCAGUAACACAGGAGGAACUUCAAGAAGUGAAAGUGGUCAACCUCUCCUACUUUGUGACGACAUGUUGUGUAAACGAAUGGCUGAGAAAAUCAACUGUCCGACCAAAAACAAACAAACAGAUUUAACGUUUCAGCUCCAAAGCUUCACCGAUAAUGAAUCCACGGCCUGAGCAAAGCAAAGGCACAAUUUGGUUUCCAAUGAAAGCUGCAGUCCACGCUCCUGUGAUGUUUGUCAUCACCAAAACAAAAUCUAAUUAACCAUUGUUUAUGUCCCUCUUUAUGACUCCAUGAAGUCCCCUUACCCUACUACUAACUACAGAGAGACCAUGCCAAAACUUGUGUUGUUAAAAGGUUGCACUAGACGCUGAAUCAAUUAACACUAAUCUAAACGAUGUGCACUAUUUACCUACAAGGCAUGGGAGGUAAACCACACUUGUCUAUUGAGAGUUUUAAAGAGGAAACACAGAAGUACAAGAAGCCUUUGUGUGUACUCGAUCCCCAUACUUCAGUUUGACAAAUCAUUGGCCUCCACUUAUUCACACUCACUCACACACACACACACACACACACCCCUCGCACGACACACACAAAGAAAGAUCAUGCAAUCUGUGCCAUGACCACAUCAUGUACAGCGUGUUUAAGUGGUAACACACAGUUACCUUGUCAGACCUUCUAGAUUGUAGUAGUCAUAGGUGGUGGUGUUGUGUCAUUUUUACAUGGAAACAGUAAGCCCAGUGAACUCUUGCUACCUAUUUAAUUAGAUAUCCCAAUAUCACACAAACGUACACACUGAAAACCACAGUGUGAGUACAUCAUUACUGACAGUUUUCACGACUAUAGACAGCAGCUACCAGUUCCCCCUUUUCCCUUGUGUAAUUAAGCUGAAUGAUUUUGUUAUCUCUUGUGUAUUCUCUUAUUUGAAUUUAUUCCUUUUUGGAUUUGUACUAUUUUGUAAUUGUUUUGUAUUUGAAUGACAGCACCUUAAAGAGAAACACAGCGGGAGUUGGGAAGUUGAAGCGGCGUAAACAGGGUGGUUGGCUGACCUUUGUCCAGUAGUACAUGCAAAAACCUUUUUGUAAAAGUAAGUCAUUUGGGGAAAUAUGUUGUGUUUGUUGAGGGCUGGAUGAGAAGAUUUGUACCAAUCCUAUGUCUGCACGUUAAGUGGGAAGCUACCACCAGGUCGGCCGAGUUUAGCAUAGGGACAGCUAGCCGGGGUCUGUACAAAGGUAAUGAAAUCAGCAAACUAGCACCUCUAAAGCCAAUGUGCUUGCCAUGCAACUUCUGCUUUAAACUUGCCUUUUUUUUAAAUGUGUGAGGAAGAUGCUGAAGAUGGUGUGAACACAGCCUUAGACCUGCUGGUUUGCAGGUUUUAUUGAUCUGUGCACAGUAUUUUUGCUAGGCUGAGCUAACUGUUCUGCCUGGGAUAGCUUUGUAUUUCACGCACAUCCAUGAGAGGGAUAUAAAUUUUCUUCUGUAGUUCUCAGUGAAUCAAUGAUAAUAUGUAUUUCCUAGAGUGUCAAAUUGGUUGAUUUAUUUGUUGCCAGUGCCAGACAAUGAAGGGUUUGACAAUCACAGAAAGCUUUUUUUCUGAGCACUUACCUGACAAUGAAGCUAGCCAAAUCUGCUAUACCGCCGCGAUACGACUGGUGACUGGUGGUGGUGAGUUACGAGUGAAAGAGGAUUAGCAUUGAGGACAGAAGGUUGCUGAAGAUACGACCCAGCGUUCAAGAGAGAGUAGCUCUUCUUUCUGUCUCCUUAAAGUUUACCCUGUUGUUUACACUCCCAGACGGGCCGCUGCUCCAAGAGCAGAGGGAGCCACACUGUGGAGCAAAAUGAAUAUGUGACAUAUCUGGUUGUUUUUUGAGAGGAAGAGAGGGCCUUUAAGGCCAGCAGUAGGAGGAUCACCCAUGUGCCCUGUUUUGUCUUUGUGCACAGGAUUGAGUAAAGAUCAGUUGCUAUGGUAAACCCACCCCUAAACACACAUUCACACACACCAGCACUCCCCUCUCAUGAGUCAAUGAGCCCUUAAUGAUCAAAACUGCACUAAAACAAUCAUGCCAGCCAACCUUGUGAGUCUCUUUCACUUAAAAGUAGAUGGACCACCACGUAGUGUUUCAAAUCAGUGGAGGUGUCGUUGGAAUGGAAACACAUUUCUAGGAGAGCACAGAUCGCCACUUAUUAAACACAGACUUUUGAAAACAUGUCCCCUGUGCCCCCAAAUCAAAGGGAAGUCUUAAAAAUAGACAAUCUGAGGAGGCCUUUAAGCUUUUAAUCAUUUUUAGAUCAUUCUCUUGUACAUCUUCUGACUGAUUCAGUUAUCUCCUGUCAAAAUUUAGAACCACUCACCCAACCUCACAAAAUAACUGGACUGCCCGGCCACGUUCUUCACUGCAGGGAAACACAACAUAGUUGGCCAACCGACUGGCGACCAUCUCAUCAGCUUUGUAGAGAGAACUAGCUCUACUAGGAAAGACGUUAACGAUGGCUAAGGUGAUUUCUUUUCUAAUCUAUGGAAGUGCCUACGUAUUCCCAUUAUGCAAUUUGUCAAACAUGAAUUCAGGUUCUUUUUUCUCACAUAUAAGCUAUAGUGAAUGGUGAAAAAUUUAUGUCAGGAGAGGAAAAAGUGGUGACAGCUCACUAGAUAAUCGCAAGCAUCUUUAUAUAUAAUACACAUAUAUAUUUAUAGAUAUAUACUUUUUUUUGCAAGAUAAGCUCUGUGGCAGUCUAGUUAUUUUUUGAAGCAUGGCGUACAUCGCACAGCCAUAGGAUGCAUCUCAAAAACAGCUGAUUAGAGCUCAAGUACCAGCCUCUGAACCCACACUUGCAGACAAAAAAGAAAAAUCCACAUCAAACAAAACAAUAAAAACAAACACAGUGAUUAAAAUGUAGUUUGAGGUUUUUAAAGACAGCUUAGGUUUUGUUGUUUUCUUUUUGUUUUGAUGGGAAGUAUUGUUCUUGAAACUAAAUGAUGUAUGUUGAUUGAGCCAUGUGCAAUGCCUUGGUAGAGGAAUUGUGUUUGUUUGUUAGCGAUUGUUGGAGGGUGUCAUGAGAAAAGAGGGAAACCCCUCUGUUUGUUUUUUUUUUUUGUUUCAAGUCCACAUGCUCUGGGACUCUAAAUGCGAGCACGGCGAGUAAAAAUAAUCCCAGUCUUUGUACGUAAGUUUGGGGAAAUUGUUUAGUUUUUUUCCUUUUGUGACUUUUUUUAAGAAAGAAAAAAAUAUUCAUUUCUAAUUAUUUUGUUUUCAGAAUGUGGGAGGGCUGAAGGAACAAUUUUACAACUCAAAAAUAUAUAUCGUUAUGAAAAACUGGUGCUUUCAUAAAGAAUAAAGUACAUUCAAUCUCUAUUAUACAUAAAUAAUAAUAAACAAAACUAAGUGUUAUCAUAAAAUGCAAAUUUUAGGAAACAUGCAUUAUUCUAUUUCUCUUUUUGUAUUUAGUGGGGGGGGGGGGGGUUCAUUGUAUGAAAAGGUUGUAGUGACAAAAGGCAUUUUUCCCCACCCAACCUUUACACCAUAGCAGAAGAACAGUCGUCAACAAAUCUGGUAGCUUGCAAAUGUUCUUAAUCCAGACUGUAUCAUCUUGUAUCCAACACAAAUGACCCUGAUGUGGGACAAAGACAAGAUCUUCCCCAGUUUGGGAGAUGCACAAGUAUGGAUACCUGAUUCAAAGAAAACAAAACCGACUGAUUGAAAUGUCCGUCGUGAGAUCAGAUUUCGGUGCAAGUCGGCAAGAGGAAAUAAGUGGCCUCUUUCUGCUCAGCUGGUCUGCUGUCAUCAUUUCAAGUGAACCCAACUCCCCCCUCCCACCCCACCCCUGAAUUCCCACCUCCCACUGUAAAUGACUAUAAAUAUUUGUUUGGUGAUGUAGUGUUAUAGACUCAGAGCAUCUUAAAGGUUGUCCCUAAAAAGUGCCUUUUGUUCACAGAUUCCAUCUUGUAAUCCUGAGUGCCCAUCUCAAAAGAAAAAAGUCCCCUCCUUCUUACUUCUAUAUCUUUCUCUUCCUCUUCUCUGAGCUUUUUAAAGCAGUAUAAAUAGUACUAAAGGAAAUUGGUGUGAUUUAGUUCCUCUUUUUAUUGUUGAAUAAUUCAGAAAAGCAAAAAAAAAAAAGAUAUUUUCUGUCUUGCUUAUCUUUCCUCUGUAUCUUGUCUUCUGUCUAUCUUGGACACUGGAGUAGUCAGUAGCCGCGUAACCCUCCCCCUACCCCCCCCUCCUUUCUCCCUCUCUCUUAACGGCGGGGUUUUAAAAAAAGAAAAAAAAAGAAUACGCUAAGAUUUUUUUGUCUGAGCAGAAUGCAGUUAGCUCACAUGUUAUUCUUGUCUGUACGCUUCACAUUGUAUUACCAUACCCAUCUUCUUCAGCUUCUCCAUUCAGCAGCUAAUGUAAGUGAACAAGUUGCACCACAGGGCUCUGGGCUGUGCUGAGGACAGGGGGCCAGCUCACUCAGAAAUGAGUUUUCUCCUGAGAGUGGACAGAAAAAUCUGAUGGAGGGAGAAUUGCACUCACGAGAAAUGUUGGGAUUAGGACUCUGGCGAGGGGAGAUGACCAGUAGGACUGCUAGUGUAGGCAUGUUCUUAUGUAAUCAUUGUUUUUAUCUAUUUAUUUUUUAUAAUUGAAUUUGGAUUUGCUUUUUAAUUCUUUUUUUUAUUUUGGUCAUUGUUACUGCGUAUCUUAGGCAGCAAAAAAAUGCUGCAUUGAGACAGUCAAUUCUGCACCUUUCUAGUGGUUGAACGCGACCUGCUAUAUAAAAAAAACUGAAAAUGACUCAAGCACCUUAUAAGCGGACUGGUUCCCCACUUUGAGGACUGAAGGGCUCAGAUUUAGCACAAACAUAAAGAGAUGUCACACAUGAAAUCAUCGUUAUUUAAAUAAACACUGUUUGAAAAAGACACUUUGACCAUUGUGAUGUCGUUCUACAAGAUGUUCCAAAACCAACAAGUAUAGAUUUUUGGCCUGAGAAAAAUAUUUGUGUACAAUUUUAGUUUCUUCCAGCCAGCAGCAGUAUUAUCGAUCAAACCUUGACAAGUGAAAGCAGCACAGAUUAGCAGCCAUAGCAGAGACGAACGGGUUGCAGGGAGCAGAGUGUGUGUGUGUCUGUGUGUGCGGCCCUGCACCGUUCAAAGAGCCCAGUCCGGUGGCAAAACCGUCCGCCUUUUUAUUUUUUUUCUUUAGUUUCUUUUUUAACAUAUUUGGUAGGAAGCUGGGCCGUGUGUAGUGACAUGUAGACUGAGCCCCCUGGCCAGCUUGUCCCCUCGCCUCAGUCCUCUUAACUCCUCCUGCCAUGAGUUCUCUUCCUCCUCCUCCUCCUCUUCUUCCUCCCUCGGAGCAGUGUCCCAUCCUCUGACAACCCCCAUCCCCCCCCCCUUCUCCCCAGAGCCCAUGGUGAAAUGCAUGUGUUAAUUACAGUUUCUUUUCCAUAAUAAUAAUAAAAAACAGUUUGAAACGAGCAACCCCUUUACUUGUUUGAAUAAAAGGAUGUUCUUGACUGUA